AUGGCGACCACGUGCCUCUCCGCCGCGAGCGUCUUCGCGCGCGCGGUCCGCCGGACGACUUCAUCGCGCGCGCGCGCGACCGCACACGGCGGCGGACAAGAGCUGAACGCGGCGAGAGAAGCCAUCUUGUCAGUUCACCCUGGCGCAAAAAUCGUCCCGGACCGCAUCGACUUCUACCCGAUCACCGUGACCGUGAAGCAGGGCGAUGACGUCGUGUGGACCGGACGUCAGCAAGGAUUGUUCGGUAAAAACGGGAGGCCCGCGCAGGCGGAGAUCGUGAAGGCGCUCAAGGCUCGACAGUAA